CCAAAGAGGCCCAAUAGUAAAACCCUGAGUGGGUUUGUUUAAAUACCUAACAUGAUAGCUGUGUGUCAUUUGGAUCGCCGCUGCGAUAGACGAUUUAGCUGUUGCAGGAGCAAAAAUGGUGUCAGGAAAGAAGACGAAGAAGACUCAUGAGAGCAUCAACAACAGGUUGGCUCUUGUUAUGAAGAGUGGAAAGUACACUCUUGGUUACAAGACAGUGCUUGAGUCUCUCAGAAGCUCUAAAGGCAAGCUGAUCAUCAUAUCUAACAAUUGCCCUCCUUUGAGGAAGUCUGAAAUCGAGUACUAUGCCAUGCUUGCCAAAGUUGGUGUUCAUCAUUACAACGGAAACAAUGUUGAUCUUGGAACCGCGUGUGGGAAGUAUUUCCGUGUGUCAUGCCUUAGCAUCAUUGACGCAGGUGAUUCUGACAUCAUCAAGUCUCUCCCUGGUGACAGUUGAAAGACAUGUGGAAUGCUUUAGGGUUCUAAGAUAUUUGAUUAUUCCAUUCCCGAGUUUGAUUUUCUCUUUGUUAUCUUAAAACUGAUGAAUCUGUAGCGGACAUGGAUGUUUUGGCAUUUUGAGCUUUUAGGACACAUUUGUUUAAUGAAUCAAAUUUUGGCGAUUCAUGUUCUUGGUUGUUAAAUGUGACAGCUUUAUAUUUAGCUACUCAA